CACCCACACUAUCUGGUGGCUGGGGCCUCUCUUCCUUGAUAAAGCUUUGAUCUAGUGUUUGACUGGUAAUAACCCCUGCAACAGUCUCCCUAUGUACAACCACCAGCUCCAACUUUACUCAUUACCCUUGUCCUUAAUUUCCCACCGUCUAAGGAACUCGAAGAAAAUGUCCACGUAAAUUCCUUCCCACAACCCCCUAGUCAGCCCAUACCCAAGCUGUCAGAAAUAUUCAUAUGCUCGAACGUUUUAAGAUCCCAUCCCCAAUCACUACCUCAUUAUUCCUCUCUCCUCCUCCUCCUCUACAAGCAGCCACUCCGCCUCUUCUGUCCUCCUUCUCCCUCUUAAACAUUUUCAUCCUACCUUCCUUGCCACGAGAAUCAAAAAGCAAGCACUCAUCAUCAAUAACACACCAUAAGAAGAAACAUAAACAAACAAAAGAAAGAAUGCUAAAACUCUUUCUUCUCUUCUUUCUAUCCCUCUCUUUACUCCCUUUCAUCUCCUGUUCAGAUGACUACGAAUCCUUCGUGUACGCCGGCUGCUCGGAAACCAAGUACACCCCUGGCUCACCAUACCAGUUGAACGUAGAAUCUCUUCUCACCUCCUUGUCCAAAGCCGCCGAGUCCUCCACCUACGCCAACGACACCUCCUCCACUGCCUCCUCCGCCGACCCGGCCUAUGGUCUCUUUCAGUGCCGCGCUGACCUCCCCAUCUCCGACUGCGACUCCUGCAUCCGCUCCGCCCUCUCCCAGCUCUCUGCCCUCUGCCCCGCCGCCACCGGUGGCGGCGUCCAGCUCCGCUCCUGCUUCCUCCGCUACGACAAGGAGUCCUUCAUCGGCAAGCCCGACAACACUCUCCUCUACAAGCGCUGUGGUGGCGCCGCCGCUGGGGGGUACGCCUCUAACAUCUUUGGCAUGCGCGACGCCGCGCUCGGCUCGCUUACGACGGCGCCGCCCACUGGUGGGUCGUACCGGGUCGGCGGUGCAGGUUACGUGCAGGCCAUGGCACAGUGCGUCGGCGACCUUAGUCCCCAGGAGUGCUCCGACUGCGUGGAAUCAGCGGUGGCGCAGGUCAAGGCCGCAUGCGGGUUCGCCGUCGGCGCCGACGUUUACCUCGGCAAGUGCUACUUGCAGUACUGGUCCAAUGGCGCUUACCCCUCCAGACACGAUCACGUUGAUGAGACUGGAAAAACACUGGCUAUCAUUAUUGGAAUCUUGGCUGCGGUCGCCCUCAUACUUGUGUUCCUCUCCUUCAUCAGACGAGCUGGAAGCAGGGGCAAAUACUAACGGAAAUGCGGUAGCUUUGUUCUGACAUCGUCCGUGGCAAUUGCUUUAGGGGCUUUGUCUCAAUCCCUUUUUUUUUUUCCCCUCUUUAUUUUCUUUAUAUCAAUCUAGCUUUAUGGGGUUCUUUUUAUAAUAGUCCCUCAAAGAAGAGCGAAGCCUUUUAAAAGGGAGAGGGGCGUUGGAUGAGAAGGGAAUGUUUUCCUUGAAGUAGGUGGGAAAGUCGUCAAAACGGAAGAAAGGAGAAGAUUCCAAACGCCCCCCCACCAAGGGAUGUCAUGUAUAAAUAAACUGCAAAUGGUAGCUCCUUCUAAUUAUUCGUUCAUGUCUACCAUGGUACUUUUCUAGGUUUUAUGGUGUGUUGUCCAUUAUGCUCUUCUCUUGGUGGGUUGUUUGUGGAAGGGUGCAAGUAUUGGUGACUUGAAUUUAUGUACAUGAGGGUUGCUUUAGAUUAUAAAAAAAAUAUGUUUGUUUGUUGUCAAUUUUAUUGAUUGUGGUGCAUUUGUUCACCAACUCAAUUAUUCAUUGACUGUUGCUGGAAUUCAGAAAACUAUCAAAAACAAUGGCUAA